AUGCAAAGUGAUUAUUAAUUAAGUAGAUUUAGAGAUAAUGAUGGUAUGAUGGAUUUUAAGUCAGAUUUUUUAUAAAGGAUUCAAAAGAAUAAUUUAAGAAUGUAAGUGUCUGAGAGAAAAAUGAAAGAUGGAACUAUUAAACAAAAAGUCAGAUUUACUCCCAUGUCUACAGCCGAUUAUAUUGGGGCUUGGGCAAUCGCAAUGUUAAAGAGUCUAAUCUUGAUAUUUUUUUUGUUUAUUGCCUACUAAAUUUAUUAGGAUAUUUAAGCUAAUAUAGAGAUUUCAAAGACAAAGACUAUGAUUGAGAUGAAAAAUUGUGGAGUAGAAUAUGAAUAAAAUUAAUGUUCAGAACACUUUUUUAUUGAUUCAAUGGCCUAAAGAUGCAAGGAGCUGGAAAUUUGUAUCAAUUAAGAUAUCGAAAUGAAAGUAAGAACUAAACAGCUUUGGCUUAAGGUACUUGGAAAUUCAUUCGAAAAUAUAUUCGAAGACCUUUCAUACAAGACUUGUGUAAUGCUUACUUUAAUUGCAAUUACCCUAAGUGUCUUUUUUAAUAUUUGUUCUCAAUUUUAAUAUCAUUAAAUGUUUCGAGGCAACUUUAAUCGAUAAUCCCUUAAGCCGUAAGUGGUUACUUUUUAAUACGUACUAGAUUAAAUCAAUGUUCUUGAUCACAGAGCUCUCAGUCUAUUACAAAAAAUGGUUAACCCAUCUUAAAUGAAUAUUUUUGCAACUGCUGCUCUUGUCUCAUUGUUUGCAGGACUUAUUCGAGAGAUACCAUGUGAAUUAUUGGAUGAAAAAAAACUCAAUUGGAGUUUAUUAAACAUGUUUUUAAAUGAUGUUGAGAAAUUCUUAGAAAAUUUAAGGAAAUUCAAAGACUUUAUUAAUAAAAAUUAGAUUACAUCUAAAAAUAUGCAAAUUGCUAAUUAUUGGAUUCAAAAAUAUAAUGAAAUAUAAUAGGAUAAUUAAUAUUCAGUAUCAUAUGCAUUCAUUUAAAUAACCUAAAUGGUCAUAAAACUUGACAAAUAAAUUAAUUAAAGAUUGCCAUCAAGUCCAGCUAGGUCCUUGUCUGCAUCACCAAGUCCAAAGAUGAACGACAAUGAUGAUAUCGAUGAAAUUGAUGAACUUAAAUCAUAAGCUGAAAGAAUAAGCGUCAAAGAUCCAGUCAAACCGAAAGGAUUGAAACUACAAUUAGUUCCAAAUAAACCUAUCUAAUCAACCGUUGGACAUAAACACACUUAAAGUCAAUAAAUUAAACAAAUCCAAUCUAUUCACGCCCCAGUAGUACCAAAAAAGAAAUGA